AUGAAGACAUCCGGUCCCAAGUUUGUCUAUGUUUGCCGCAACCCGAAAGAUAUUUUUGUUUCUAAAUGGAAGUUUAUGGAGAAGAUGAGGCCUAAAGAAAUGCCACCUCUUUCACUGCAAGAUGCAUUCGAAUUGUUUUGCAAUGGAGUCUCACACUACGAACCCUUUUGGUAUCACGUUCUCAAUUUUUGGAAAGCUAGCUUAGAAACCCCAAAAACGGUAUUGUUUCUGAUAUAUGAGGACAUGAAAAGAGAGCUUUUGGUAAAGAGAUUGGGUGAGUUUCUAGGCAAGCCUUUUUCACCUGGGGAAGAGAGGGAAGGUGUGGUACAAGAAAUUGUAAGACUCUGUAGUUUCAAAAAUAUGAGCACUUUGGAAGUGAACAAAAGUAUUAUCUCCAAUGAAUCCUUCGUCGAAAACCCUUACUUUUUCAGAAAAGGUGAAGUUGGAGACUGGGAGAAUCAUCUUACCCCUGAGAUGGUUGCUCGCCUUGAUCAGAUCACAAAAGAGAAGUUAGAUGGCGUUGUAUGUAACAAGUGGAAGGUGGGGAUUGAUUUAAGUCGUGAAGAGAAUGAUGGGGAACAAAUCUACUGA